GCCGGCAGGCGGCAGCGGCGGAGCGGCGCGUGCGGCCAUGGCCCGUUGGGGCCCCGUGCAGCAGGAGCCCGAGUGGGGACCUGAGGCCUGGCUCCCGCCACAGCCCCCCGCAGCCGGUCCUGGUCCCGGUGCCGGUGCCGGUCCCGGUGCCGGCGUCGGCCCCGGCGCCGGCCCCGGUGCCGGCCCCGAGGGGGAGAAAUCAGCGGCGGCGGUGCCCGAGAUCUCGCUGUGGACGGUGGUGGCGGCGGUGCAGGCGGUGGAGAGGAAGGUGGAGUCGCAGGCCCUGCGGCUGCUCAGCCUGGAGGGCCGGGCCGAGUCGGCCGAGAAGAAGGUGUCGGGGCUGGAGAGGGCCGUGCGGGACUUCGGCACCCGCCUGGAACGCAAAUGGGCGGCUCUGGCCGCCCUGCUCCGCGACAACGCCCGGCGCCUGGAGCACGUCGAGCGGCAGCUCCAGCACCGCGGGCACGGCCCACCCCCGGCCGGACCGGGCCCCAGUGGGGACCAGCCCAAGGUGCCAGCAGCAUGCGAAGAUGAUGCAGCCAGUUUGCCUGAGGAGUGGGGGAGCUUGGACAGCCAGCAAAAGGAGCUCUACAGGCUUGCCAUGAAGGGCGAUUAUGAGGCCGUGGUCUCUUUUGGGCUUGGGGACAUCAGCUCCAAACAAGGUGCUGAGGACGAGGAGGAUUUGGGGACAAGGAACCAGGGGCUGCUGGAGAAGGGAGUGGUGCAGGAGGACCUUGGUGGUGAGAAGAUUGUUAUCAAGACAGAAGAGCAGCAGCCCCAGGAGGAAGGGUCUGAAAUGCUGACUCUGCCACAGGCAGCCUCGGCGAGGCUGGAGGAGGAGGCUCCUCUGGGCCAGGGGCAACAGGUGCCCUGGCAGAACCAGGACAGCUUGGACGAGCAGAAGGGUGGCGGAGAGGCCUUGGGGGAGUUCUGCAACCACGGCACCACUCAGCCCGAAUUCAAGCCUGUGGUGGUGCCAGUGGAAGCUCACCCAGCACCGGGCUUGCCCUUCCCAACAGAUCAUGUUCUUGGCAUGGUGGGGACUGACCAACCCUUCACCCUGCCCCAGGGAAUACCACUGGGAGAAGACCCCACCGCAGAGUUGACCUCACAGCCCAGCUCAGAGGAGCACCGACCCUGCGCUGCGGGGGAAGAGCCCCCUGAGUUGCCAGCGGACUGGAAGAGCAUGCGGCUGAAACGCAACCUCCUGGCACAGCAGCAGAGCCAGGCCAGGAAGAGCAACGGCUCCUUCAUCUGCACGGCCUGCGGGAAGAGCCUGGCCCACCACGCCGCGCUGCUGCGGCACCAGCGCCUGCACACGGGCGAGCGGCCCUUCCAGUGCCCCGCCUGCGGCAAGACCUUCAACGAGAAGUCCAACCUCAACAAACACUACCGCAUCCACACCGGCGAGCGGCCCUACCGCUGCUCAGCCUGCGGCAAGGGCUUCAUCCAGAAGCAUCACCUCCAGAAGCACCAACGCAUCCACGGCGUGCAGCUGCGGGGGGGCUGGACGGGCCGGCCGGCGCGGGCCAGCGCUGCCGGCGAGCGACUCUACCGCUGCAUCGAGUGCGCCGAGAGCUUCCCCCAGAAAGCCUCGCUGGAGGAACACCAGCGCCGGCACACCCAGCAGCGACCAUUCCAGUGCAACGGCUGCAGCAAGAGUUUCCGGCACCGCCAGUCUCUGAACCACCACCAGAAGAUCCAUGCCGUGGCCGCUUCGCCUGUUGUCAGCUUGCCCACUCGGGAGCUGGACACCAGCCCCUGCAAGGUUCUGACGCAGGAGAAUCGGUAGUGUGAGGGCUGGGGAAGAGAAAGGGCUGCAUUUCUCCAGGCUGCAGCAGCCUGCAAUGACAGGACACAUGGUGUCCCACCACCACAGGCCUCAUGGCACUGCUGUGCGUCUGCCUGCAACAUCUGGAGGCUGCCUACACCACCAUGGGGCUGUGCACAACGUCGUGGGGCUUUCCACACACCACGGCUGUCCACAACGUGGUGGGACUUUCCACGCCACCAUGGGCCUGUCCACAACAUGGUGGGGCUGUCUACACUAGCAUGAAGCUCUGGACUGGCUGGGUCUCCAGGAGGAGGACAGAGACAGGCCAUGUGGGCAAGGAACCAUGCUGAGGGGUGAAAAGCCUAGUCCAGAGGACAGUGCAGGAGGUACAGUGGAUGGAGACCCCAUGAGAAGGGGAUUUGGCUGUGGAGCAGCUGUGUUGGUAUCAUGGAGCCAUGGAACUCAGUUAUUUAACCACUGACAGCAUGGAGGUGACCUGAGCGAGGGCUGUUGUGGUUGGGCAGCAGUUGGGAAGUCUCAGAUAAAGGACUGGGCUGAUGUGA